GGAGGGUGUUUAAAGAUAACUCUCUCAGAUCUGUUCUUCUGGAUUGCGUCUGUAGAUUCAGGACACACAGCGCUUCAGUCCGUGAGGAGAGAAAGACAGACAGAAGAGUGUAUCAGCGUCAUUCUGAAGAGACACUAGGAGCCUUUGAUCCACGAUGUGGCCCCCUAAAGUCCUGCUAAUGGCCGUCGUAUCCUGUGUGCUGAUUGGUGGAGGAAACUGUCAAUCAAACUCAUCCGAUGGCUUCCAGCUCUCCGCUGACCCCAGCUCAGGUCACCGGUCCCUGAACCGCCUGACCUCUGACCCCAGAGCUGUUGGGACGGUUGGUGUCCGGCCGCUGUCGCUGCCCCCGGCGUGUCUGAGGAGGACCUACAUCGAGGGCUUGUUUAAAUAUGUCAACACCAUCCUGUCCUGCCUCAUCUUCGUGGUGGGGAUGGUGGGGAACGCCACGCUUCUGAGGAUCAUCUACCUCAACAAGACCAUGAGGAACGGCCCAAACGCUCUGAUCGCCAGCCUGGCGCUCGGAGACCUCAUCUACAUCGCCAUCGACAUCCCCAUCAACGUCUAUAAGCUGCUGGCGAUGCGGUGGCCCUUCGAUGACAGUGUGUUGGGUCUGUUCCUGUGCAAACUCAUGCCAUUUCUACAGAAAGCGUCAGUCGGAAUAACGGUUCUCAAUCUGUGUGCGCUCAGUGUGGACAGGUACCGUGCGGUGGCGUCCUGGAGUCGUGUUCAGGGUGUGGGGAUCCCUGUGUCCACGGCUGUGGAGAUCCUGUGUAUCUGGCUGCUGGCUCUAGUUCUGGCCGUUCCUGAGGCCAUCGGCUUCAAAAUGGUCAGUUUCGACUACAACAACGUCACCAUCCGCACCUGCAUGCUGAAACCAGAGACGCCCUUCAUGACCUUCUACAGGGACGUGAAGGUCUGGUGGUUGUUUGGCUUUUAUUUCUGCGUGCCGCUGGUGUGUACAGCCGUCUUCUACACACUCAUGACCUGUGAGAUGCUGAGCAACAGGAAGGGAAGCCUGAAGUUUUCUCUGAGCGAACACCUGAAGCAGAGGCGUGAGGUGGCGAAGGCCGUGUUUUCUCUGGUGCUGAUCUUCGCUCUCUGCUGGUUUCCGCUGCAUCUCAGUCGCAUCCUGAAGAAGAUGGUGUAUUUUCAGAACGAUGUCGGCCGCUGCGACCUGCUGAAUUUCUUGCUGGUGUUUGAUUACCUGAGUAUAAACCUGGCCACCAUCAACUCCUGCAUCAAUCCCAUAAUCCUCUACUUCGUCAGCAAGAAGUUCAAGAACUGCUUCAGGUCGUGUUUGUGUUGCUGGUGUUAUCCGGCCGGCUCCAUCUUGAGCAGCGUUGUGCCUCUGAACGGGACCAGCUUCCAGUACAAGAGCCCUGAUCAGAACGGCUUAUCGGACCGGACAGCACUGCGCAAGGACAGCUACAACUGACCUCAACCACACACAUGUUGUUUCAACCCUGACUACAGAGAAAGCAAUAUAUAAUGUUUAUAUUAUUAUAUCUACUGCACUGGAUAACUGUGUGCAUACUAUUAUGACAAAGAAAAUGCAUCUUUUUUGGUGUAUGCAUCAUAUUUUGUAAACUCAAACAUGCGUUUUUAAUGUGAUGUCAAAUGUUUUACAGCUAAUAGGGAACGUUUUGAAAAGGUUCUCUCAAAGUUAUAAACAAACGUUCGUCCUGUAACGCUUAUAGAACGUUCAUUCAACGUUAUCUGGUCUUUAAUAACGUCCUCAGAAUUUCACGCAAAAACAUUACUUAGGCUAUACAUAAUUCACGGAAUGUGUUUUCUUAAAUGUUUGAAUUAAAAUUGUUCGUCUAAUAAUGUUCUCAAAACAUUAGCGUAAAAAAGUUUUUUUUUCUGAAACGUUUUAGUUGAGAAUUCAACUUAUUUUGAAAUGUUAGACAAACUUAUAACGUUCUCAAAAUGUUAGCACAGAAAAAAAUCGUUAGUUGAACAGUUUUUUUCGGAAACGUUUUAGUUGGACAUUCCUAUAAAGUUUUUUUUUUCU